UUAUCCCUAUUUCCCUGUAACUAAGUGCAGCACCCCAGACUGCAACUACUACCUCUAAAUUUGGUAGUACGAUGCUGAAUGGUCUCUAGUCAGGAAAAGUAGUAUUGUCACCAUGAAUAUGCAUAUCCCAAAGGUCUUAAGAAUCUUCUCACCUCUCCUCGCCACCUUAUUUAUUACCACUCGAGCAUGUGUGACGGACGAAGACUGUAGUCUCAACGGCGUCUGCAACCAGCCCUUAAGCAAAUGUGGGUGCGAUCCGGGAUGGAAGUCAGAUGAUUGCGGCAAGCUCGACCUCCGGCCCGCUGUACGGUGGACGGGGUACAAUUACACGAACUUCACUCUGCCCGACUUCUACAGCACGAAAGGGAAUUCGUCGUGGGGAGGAAAUGUUAUCCAAGAUCGCCUUGACAAGAAGCUAUUCCACCUUGUCGUUGAACAAUUCGCCCACGGAUGUGGGUUAUCGGGCUGGAGACCGUUUAGCACUGUGGUUCGCGCCGAGUCGCGUACGGGGCCGGCCGGCCCGUACUAUUACGCGGAUGAGCUACUAGACACGUUCCGUCACAACUCCAAAAUAGUUUGGAGUCCGGCAGACGAGAGAUAUCUCUUGUAUACCAUAGGAAUAGAGACUAAUACUCCGGGCACGUGUAAAUCAUACAAGUGGGCGAAUAAUAUUUCCAUAUCUAGCGCCCCUGAUAUUCGCGGGCCAUGGGAGCCACCGACAUAUCUUCUCGACGCGACCAACCCAGCACCGUGGCCGUUGUGGGCACAAGACAAUCCUACCCCUGAAGUAGUACUCGGCGUAGAAGACAACUUUCUUUACCACGCCAAAGCUUUUGACGGCACCUACGACCUAAUCAAGUCGAUGCCGUGGAAUACAUCGGAUUACAGCGACCACUGGACGGAGGAUCCGUUCUUGUGGCGUGAUCGACGCGGAAACUGGCACAUUCUCUGCCACUGGAUGAUAGAUAUCGCAGAAAGGGGAGAGAAAUACCCUCGAGUAGGAGGGCACCUAUUUUCACGCAGCUUAACGGGCAACUGGACGUUCAAGCUGCAGGCGGCUUACAACACGACAGUGUACUUCACCGACGGCGGAAGGACCGAUUACUAUCGGCGAGAACGGCCACAGCUCUACUUUAGCGAUGACGGUAACCUCACGCCAUUGUAUCUGAUAAAUGGUGUUCAAGAGUUUAAUAGCUCGGCUAGUUAUACCUUUAUCCAGCCCAUUGGAAAAGGGGCAGAUCUGUAUGAAAGGGAGCUAGGCUUCUGAUGCUCAUAGUUACCUACAUAUGUAGGCCAUGAAUUGAAGUCUAUAAUGGAUUGGCACUAUUGCUUCCUCUGAGGUCAAGUUUGUUAACUCCUAUGACUCAUGAUAAGGUCCUGGUAAGCCUACCUAGUCAUACACAUUACACAAUAGAAAGCAACAUACGUCUCAUCAUACCCUCACAGCUCACGUAGCUCAAUCGGUAGAGCAUGAGACUUUUAGAUGUCUUCAAGUUUAUCUCAAGGUUGCGAGUAAGUUUGUCCUCUUUCCCAACCAUUGUGGGAUCCUCAUCUAAAACAAUCCGCUAGGUUCGAUCCUCGUCGUGAGCUCAGUUCUCGCGGCUCCUAGUCAAAUUGGGAGCGCAUCUUUAUACCUUUUCCUAUACUUUGAUCAACU